GCCCGUGUCGGUUGGUAAAUUUUAAAAUGCUUUGCAUACGCUUCUGCUCGUCGGGCCGCUUAAUGGCAAACAUUCAUCAUUUUUUUGGAUAUAAAUUUUUCUUGAUAGAUCGAGAAUUGUAAUCUACGUAAUAGCCAAAACUUUUAAAGUUGUUUUGGGUGAAAUAUUUAUUCCGUUAACGUGCACAGCUGUGUGGAUAUUUAUCUGCGAAGCCCUGCAGUUAUGUCUUCAUCGAAGGAAGAUGGGUUGUCCCCAGAAGAGCUGAGGAAAAGGCUUUAUCAGACUUUUAAAAACAGAGGAGUGCUUGAUACCCUCAAAGUGCAGCUGCGUAAUCAGCUCAUCCAGGAGUUAAAAUGUUCACAGGAACCAGCUCCCAGACCGGUACCGGACACAGAUGAGCCUCUUUUACUUUUAGCCUGUAACAGCAUCGUGUCAAAUCAUCUCGUUGCGUCAGGAUAUGAAUACACUCUUUCUGUGUUCUACCCUGAAUGUGGGUUAAGUAAGGACAAGAUUUUAAAGAGAGACGGCCUUCUUCAGAUUCUUAAAAUCCACCCUGCAUCACCCCACUACUCCUCCAUGGUAAAUACAGAAAUCAAUGAUAAAGGAUUUCUGUUCAGCCUUUUAAAACAUCUGACAAAUGAUUACCAUCCCAGCCUCUGUCAUGAUGUGGAAACUCAGACAACCAGCUUAUCGAGUUACGGAGAGUCUCUUGUCGAAAAGAUGAAAAUGAUCGAUAAGGAAUAUGAGAGCGUUAGUUUCAGUGAUGACAGAAUCUUUCCCUUUCAAUCAAAACUGGCUGCAUAUAGAAAAGAGACAGAAGCACAGAUGGAAGCAGAAAUGAACACAAAGCUGCAGCAUUUUAAAGAAGUGGAGAUUGCUAAGGUGAGAAUGGAAGAAAAAUCAAAGUUUCAUAAAGAAUUUGAUCGUCUGAAGCAAGAACUGGAGAGGAAUUAUGAAAUGAAGACAACGGUGCUGAUGGAGAGAGAGAAAAAUGCGAUUGAUCGGCUGCAAAAACAGCAAGAGAUUGAAGAAAAAAAUAUCUACCUGCAGAGGCAGGCGGUGCUGAAAGACAUCGAGUCUGUGCAUAACAGAGAGAACGAGCUGAGGAGGAGAAUGGAGGCUUUCGAACAGACCUGUCAAACUCAAGCAGAGAAGGUCCAAACUACUGAAGAGCUGCUGAGGAGGCGAGAACUGGCUGUGAAGACUAUGGAGGACACGUAUGACCAGAAGCUGAAGAACGAACUCGCCAGGUAUCAGCUGGAGUUGAAGGAGGAAUUUAUUAAAAGAACAGAAAGUCUCACAGAGAGCGAGAACAGAAACAAAGAGGAAGCUGCUCGAAUCCAGAAGGAGUCCGCUGUGAUUAACGCCACCUUAGCGGAGCACGACAAAGCCCGUUCAGAGCUAAAACGACGACAGAUGGAGUUAGAAACAGCAGAGCAACAGAUUUCCCUGCUGACUCAGCAGAAUAACGUGUUGAAGGAAAGACUGGAGAGCACGGGUGACUACCUUAGCUUGAAGAGAGAGAGGGCCGAGCUGCAGGGACAGGUGGAGCUGCUGAAGCAGCAGCUGGAGGGAGCCCAAGAGGAGAGCCGGCAGCUCCGUGCAGAAAUAAUCCGACCAUCUGAAGCCCAGCUGGCCUUGCAGAAGGAGCUCCAGAGGCUGCAGAACGCUCGCCGAGUGGACGAGGAAGACUUCAACAAUCAGAAACAGCUGCUGCAGAUGCAGCUGCAGAGCGAGGUGGAUCGAUGUGCUCAGCUCAAGGCUCAGCUCUUAGAGGGCGAGGAGAGGUCACAGUGGAUGACUAAAUACAUCGAUGACGUGAAGGCGCAGCUUCGACAAACUCAACAAGCUCUUGAAAAUGAAGUGCUGCGUCACCCCAAGCCCCUUCUUGUUGAUCGCUCUGUGCUGCUUCCUCACAACACCCGAGUGGACAGAGCUCAGCCGAGGACCGGGGUGGGUUCUGAUGAUGUUUGUGAAGCAGGUGGGCCGUCGAGAGGAUACCUGCCUCCUCAGGUCGAUUCCCCCGACUCUGACCUGGCAGAAGCCAAGGCCCGGAUCCAGGAGCUGCAAAAGGAGGCGGACAGGGUGGAGGAAGCUUAUCGGAGCAACCAGCAGAGGGCAGCGUACUCCACAGUCUCACAAAUGCUUCCACCAAAACCAGUUUCCCUUCAACACUGGUGUCACUCACAGUCUCCCGGCUUUCCUCUUAGAAAACAGGACUCUCACGUCCUCCCAACACACAAACCAAAGUCUUCACUAAAAACUGUUUCUCCUCAACGUGUUCAGACACCAAGUCUGGUUUCUCAUGACGCCAAACGCCUUUUCCCCCCGGCUCAUCUUGGAGUUACUGUUUCAGAAGACAAUGCUCUGCCCCUAAAGACAGCAUUCACUGACCUCAUGCCUCAUUUGUUGGCGGAAUCUGUACUUCCAAGAGAUGAAGGCUCUUCUUCCAGGAAGCUUCGGGAAGAAAACUCAGAAGAGGAAAUCGUGUCUCCGGUGGUUUUUCCUCCGCCGUUGUCCGACAGACUUCUUUCUGGUGCCCCCCUCUGCAAGGCGGGGGUCACAGGUGACUUUCCUGCUGAUCUCAGUCCUCCUCACAGUCCUCAGCUCAAGAGCACAGCUCGAGAGCAGCCCAGGUUUGCUCCUAUCUCUCUCAGUCCACCCAGCUCAGAGUCGUCUCCUCAGCCUGAGAAGAUAAACGUGGAAGAUCUCACAGGAACUGAUUCAGAGCCCGGACACAUUCCAAAGCUUCUCCUGGACACGGCUGUCCCUCUCCCCGAGGAGGCCCCUGAUGGUCCCUCCAGCCCCCACCCUCAGGACCUCCCAGGAGACCCAGCAGACGCGCACGGUCAAGCGGGUGACGCGUUUCCAGAAGUUCCUCAGGCUUCAGGUCAUUCUGCCAGAACAGAAGAGGAGGAAGACGGGGAGCAAAAGUGGGAAAGAGAGCGAAAAGAAAGAGAGGAACGGCGGCAGAGGGAGCGGGAAGAAGCUAAAGAGAGAGAGCUUCGAGAACUUGAACAAUUAGAGAUGCUUUCACAGCAAGAGGAGCAACUAGAAGGGGAGGAAGAAACAAAGGUGAAGAAAGAGGAGGAGGAGCAGGAGGAGGAGUCAAAAGGAGAAAAUCCCAUGGAGAAAUACAUGAUGGUCCUCCGGGCAGAGCAGAAGCAGAGUCCUGUCAGACAGGAAUCAGGGCAAACGAGCCCAGAGGAGAAGAGUUUAUCUGAGCAAAUAGAACAAAGCGUUGCUGCGUGUUCACUUAAAGAUGACGAGGAUGAUUUCUGGUGAGCUGGUUGUCCUCGAGUCGCGAGCUGAAAUCUGCUUUUGCUAAAUCAAAUGUUAAAUAAACACACUUUACAAAAAGUCA